CCUACACUCUUCACUGUGAGAGUGAGUGAUGAGAAGAGCCUUCUCAAAAUCUGAGAUGAUGAUGGGAAUGGAGAUUCGGAAACAGCUAGUGCUACUGUCUUGUGGGUUGUUGUUGGCUUUGUGGGUUCUGGGUAUCAGCGGUGGGGCGUUACCAUCUUGUUCUUUCCCGGCAAUCUACAACUUCGGCGACUCAAACUCCGACACCGGCGGGAUCUCAGCUGCAUUUGAACCGAUCCGGGCACCCUACGGUGAAGGGUUCUUCCGUAAGCCAGCUGGAAGGGACUCCGAUGGUCGUCUCAUCAUAGACUUCAUAGCUGAGCACCUGAGGUUGCCAUACUUGAGUGCAUACUUGAACUCGCUGGGAACAAACUACCGGCAUGGUGCGAAUUUUGCCACCGGAGGAUCAACCAUUAGAAGGCCAAACGAGACCAUUUUCGAGUAUGGCAUUAGCCCCUUCUCGCUUGAUAUGCAGACGGCUCAGUUCCUGCAGUUCAAAGCUCGAACGGCUGAUCUAUUACGACAAGCCAAGAAUCCCUAUGAAAGAAGCAAACUUCCGAAUCCAGAAGACUUUGCAAAGGCACUGUAUACGUUUGAUAUUGGGCAGAAUGAUCUCUCAGCUGGUUUUCGAAAGCUAAGCUUUGAUCAGCUUCGUGCACAAAUUCCUGACAUUGUAAACCAGCUGGCCACAGCAGUCCGACGUAUAUACGAACAAGGGGGGAGGGCAUUUUGGAUUCACAACACUGGUCCGAUUGGUUGCUUGCCAGUGAAUCUGUUCUACAAUCUGAAUCCCGCACCGGGAUAUGUCGAUGAACACAGCUGUGUGAAGGGCCAAAACGACAUGGCCAUAGAAUUCAACAGGCAGCUCAAGGACAGAGUCAUCAAACUCAGAGCUGAGCUCCCGCAAGCUGCAAUCACAUAUGUAGAUGCCUAUGCUGCGAAAUAUGGACUAAUCAGCAAUGCAAAGAAUGAAGGGUUUGUGGAUCCAAUGAAGGUUUGCUGUGGGUAUCAUGUGAGAUACGACCAUGUGUGGUGUGGAAAUAAAGCAACUGUAAAUGGAAGAGAAGUGUAUGGUGCUUCUUGUAGAAAUGCUUCAUCUGCUAUAAGCUGGGAUGGAGUUCACUACACUCAGGCUGCCAAUCAGUGGGUUGCCAAUCGUAUACUCAAUGGUGCCUUGUCCAACCCGCCGAUUCCCAUUACUCAAGCUUGUCAUAGGAGCUAAGUUAUGUGCAAUUCUAUUAGAGUUAUGAAAGGGAAAUGGGUAUGUUUCUUUGGAGAAGCCUAGGAAAUAGCACUAGACAGUAAUAAGAUUCAGAACAAUCAAAGAGGAAGACGGAUUCAGAGGA